AUUAUCUCUUCUUCUCUUACUCUUCUUCAACCCUACAACCAUCAUCUCUCUCUCUAAAACCUCUCUGUCACGCUUAAACCUCCGCCAUGGCGAAAAUCAAGAUCGGAAUCAACGGUACGCAUCCGCCUUCCUAUCUUAUGCAGUUUUUUUUUGUUUUCAUUUCUGGAUUCCCUGUUCGACGUUUCAUGAUUUUUGAUGUUGAUUUUCGGUUCAGGAUUUGGAAGGAUCGGGAGACUGGUUGCGAGAGUUGCUCUCCAGAGAGAUGAUAUUGAGCUCGUGGCUGUCAACGAUCCGUUCAUCACCACCGACUACAUGACGUACAUGUUCAAGUAUGAUACAGUGCAUGGUCAAUGGAAGCACCAUGAAUUGAAGAUCAAGGACGAGAAGACACUUCUGUUUGGUGAACAACAUGUUAAGGUCUAUGGAUGCAGAAACCCCGAGGAGAUCCCCUGGGCUGAAGCGGGUGCUGAUUAUGUUGUGGAGUCUACUGGUGUCUUCACUGACAAGGACAAAGCUGCUGCACACUUGAAGGCUGGUGCUAAGAAGGUUGUGAUUUCUGCUCCCAGCAAAGAUGCCCCAAUGUUUGUUAUGGGAGUGAAUGAGAGUGAAUACAAGCCGGAUAUUACCAUUGUUUCCAAUGCUAGUUGCACUACCAACUGUCUUGCUCCGUUGGCUAAGGUCAUUAAUGAUAAGUUUGGCAUUGUUGAGGGCCUCAUGACUACUGUCCACUCCAUCACUGCUACCCAGAAAACUGUUGAUGGUCCAUCCAUGAAAGAUUGGAGAGGUGGAAGAGCUGCUUCAUUCAACAUCAUUCCUAGCAGUACUGGAGCAGCUAAGGCUGUUGGGAAAGUUCUACCAGCACUCAAUGGGAAGUUGACUGGAAUGGCCUUCAGGGUUCCUACUGUAGAUGUUUCUGUGGUUGACCUCACUGUGAGAACUGAGAAAAAAACCACCUAUGAUGAGAUCAAGGAGGCUAUCAAGCAAGCAUCUGAAGGACCAUUGAAAGGCAUCUUGGGUUACACUGAAGAUGACUUGGUGUCCAUGGAUUUUGUUGGUGAUAGCAGGUCAAGCAUCUUUGAUGCUAAGGCUGGGAUUUCAUUGAAUGACAAUUUCCACAAGCUUGUUUCGUGGUACGACAAUGAAUGGGGAUACAGGUAAAUAAGUUAUUUGAAUAUGGUUUCUUUGCACGGUUAGAAACUGCACCUUCGAAUGCUCUAGCUAACUCGUGUUCUCUUUUCUGCAGCAACCGUGUGGUUGAUUUGAUCUGCCAUAUUGAUUCCGUUUCCAAGUAAGAAGGCGUUUAGCUAUUCAGUGGCGGACCGGAGUGGUCUUUUUUUUCAAAUCCAAUUGUUGCAUUUUGUAAGGUUUCAUGUUUUUGAACCGAGACAUGUUUUUGAAUAAGAACAGAGAGUCUAUGUUUUUCUUCUGAUCGGUUUGAUUUGAUCAUGUGGUGAUGUGGUUGAGCACAUCAUGUUUAGUAGUGCUUUGGAUGCGCAACUUUAAUAAAGUAUCAAGUAUUUG